ACAGGAGUGUCCGCUGCUGCUGCAUUCUGGAUGUCGCCCUAGCGGAUAAACGGCGGCUGGUAAAGCAAGCUGAAGCUGCUCCUAUUUUUCCUGUCAAUCCAACAAUAACAACAGCAGCGUCUACUACCAGGAGUUAAGUGACGACCACCAUGCACAGGGUUCUACUCUUCUUAUUUGCGCUGCUUUGCAUUUGCAGCGCCAACAAAUGGAAAAGGGGUUUUAAAUGUCCUUCAGGAUGUUCGUGCACGAAAGAAACCAUCAUGUGUGUCGGCACCUCUCACGUCCCGCGCACUGUGCCGAGUGACGUCAACUCGCUGAGCAUAGUAAACGGCUCCAUUGCAGAAAUCCCAGAGGGGAUGUUUUCACUAAUGCCAUCCCUGCAGCUACUGCUUCUAAAUGCAAACUCUUUGACAACAAUUAAAGACGAUGCUUUCCAUGGUCUUCCGCAUUUGGAAUAUUUGUUCAUUGAAGGGAAUAAGAUUGAAACCAUCUCCAAAAAGGCCUUCCGCGGACUGCGGGAUCUAACGCAUCUAUCCCUCGCCAAUAACAAAAUGGUAUCCCUGCCAAGAGAUCUCUUUUUUGACUUGGAUUCAUUGCUAGAACUAGAUUUGCGAGGCAAUGCUUUCCAGUGCAACUGUGAGAACAAGUGGCUAAUGACGUGGCUGAAAAACACCAAUGCCACAGUGUCAGACGUCUUCUGUGCAGGCCCUAGUGACAUGAAGGGCAAACGUCUCAAUGACAUCCCCAUCGGAGAAGGCCAGUGCAUGUCUACAGACUUUGUGCGUCACCAAUCCAUUCCCAUUCAGUCCAUGUCGGCAGAUAUCUUCUCCUUUAAGGAGGACAUCUAUGUGGCAAUGGCUGCACCCAACUCCAACAGCUGUGUGGUCAUGGAGUGGGAUCACAUCGAAAUGAAUUUCAGAAAAUUUGACAACAUCACAGGGAAAUCCGUCGUUGGAUGCAAGUCGGUUCUGGUCGACGAACACGUGUUGAUCAUCGUCACACAGCUCUUCGGGGGCUCCCACAUUUACAGGUUUGAUGAUCAGCAGAACAAGUUCACCAAGUUUCAAACCAUCGAGGUGCUCAACAUUUCCAAACCCAAUGACAUUGAAGUCUUCCGCAUGGAUGGUGAGUGGUACUUUGUGAUAGUAGAUAGCUCCAAAGCAGGCCUGUCUACCCUUUACAAGUGGACCGAACAACCAGAUCAAAACCAAACUGGGUUCUAUACCUAUCAGUUCCUCCAUGAGUGGUUUCGUGAUACGGAUGCAGAGUAUGUUGAAAUGGAUGGGAAAUCAUACCUUAUUUUAGCCAGUCGCUCACAAUCGCCCGUUAUUUAUUUAUGGAACAAGAGUACCUUAAAGUUCAUGCUUCACAAUGAAUUCCCCAAUGCCGAUGACGUGGUAGCGGUCAAAUCCUUCAGAUUGGAAAACGAAUUGUAUCUGGCUAUGACUUGCUACAUUGGUGACUCCAAAAUACUUAAGUGGACCAGUAAACAGUUCACGGAGAUGCAAGCUCUUCCCUCUCGAGGAGCAAUGGUCCUACAGCCUUUAUCCUUCUCAAACAGACACUACCUGGCUCUCGGCAGCGAUUACUCCUUCACACAAAUCUACCUCUGGGACACAGAGACCAAAACCUUCCAGAAGUUUAAGGACAUUUACGUGCAAUCCCCACGCUCCUUUUCCCCAGUAACAACUGACCGCAGGAACUUCAUCUUCUCUUCCAGCUUUAAGGGCAAAUCAAUGGUUUUUGAGCAUGUUGUGGUAGAUUUAAGCUUAUAAGGCAAAAUAUCAAGACUGUGUCUCAAUCCAAUAGUAUACUGAAUGUGAGACUAGAAUACUGUGUGAGAUAACUAAUGCUCAAUAACGUGAAAGUAUUGCUGAGCUAUGGUAGAUUUCGAAAGGAAUUCUACAGUAAGAAUCUAAAUUUCUUAUUGCUUUUAACAAGCUUAUCGGUUCCUUGCAUCAGUGUGCGAAUGUUAAUACAAUACAAUACAUUGCUCUGGAUGUACAGUAUAUACUGCUCAGCUUUCAAUGUAACUCAAUAACACAAAACCUUGCAAAAACUUAAAGUCAUGUUUUUGCACUUUGGCAGAUUAACAUGUUGUAUUCGAUUUGUAUACUCUGCUGGAAUGUAGUCGUCCGGUAACUGGACCAGUCUUAACGUGCAUGAUGUUGUUUUUCUUUAUCCACUUUGGGACAGCGGAAUGUAUGAGUUUCAUGUUAACUAAGUAAAGCUCAACACACAUUUUACGACCUAUGCAAAAAUGAAAAUUACAAGUCUAUGCGCCUGCAAAAACACUUUUCAUGGUCCUUUUGGCGUUAUUGUAGGUUACAAGACAGUAUGAUUUAUUUUAGACAAGCUCUUUACUUAAUCAACAGAAAUGUGCCUGUGUGUUAUCUGCAUU